AUGGAAAUGGUGGCGCAACCACCUCGGUGGCUCAUCGCUGAGUUUAUGGAGCAUGCGGAGGAGCUCGAACAGGAAUCCACGGAGGAGCUUCUCCCUCUGUUGGACCGUCUGGCUGAAGUUCUUGACAGUCGGCGAGGUUUGACGUGGUACGACAACGAUAUACCACCAGGUCCAGUGCUGGGAUGGAAUUGCAGCUCUCAAGGAUUGCUUCCUUUAGCCAUUCAGUAUGGACUCAAUCGAUACGCAAAGGCCUAUUUGGCAUCAGACCCCAGCCUCAUCAUCCGUCACAGAGACCGACCGCUGCUCGACUACGCCUUGCGUCGGAGGAUCUAUUCGCCGCUAACAGCGCAGGCUGAGCAGAUCGACUAUCAAGUUGGUGGUCCAGGUGACCAACCAGACCCCGAGCUGGUCUCUUUUAUUCUACAGCACGGCGGCAACCCCAACGAGGCGUACGGCGACUCUACCGUAUGGAAGCUUUUUCUUGAGUUCCUCAGCAGCUUCGCCAAGGACCUUAAGGAGCUCGACGAUAGUGGCAGGCAGGUCUGGAUAGGAACGAUAGAGCUGCUCAUUAGAUAUGGGGCCGCCCGUGUCCUGGAACGGUACACUGUGAUUCCAAAACAGCCCUCCAGCAGAAUCCACGUCAAGCUUUCCCACCGAGAGGUGAUUGCUCGGGAUACGCUGGCCGCGGUGUUUGGAGAGGACGAGGCUGACAGACUCGAUUCGCUGGCUUGGAGGCUGAAUGCUAGUGGGCAGACGCUCUUCGUGAACUCGGUCCGAACUGUGCGGAAUCUUUUGCGGUGGGCUAUGUGA